UUGUAACGCAUCGCCGUACAGUUUUAUAUAUAUCUCAACUUGUACCAGUCCCUGCAGUCGUUCCAAAGGGGAAUGAAAAUGUCGGUGCGUUGGUGGGGUCUCUCGUGCCACUAGUGACUUUCGCCAGACAUUUUUCCAUUUAACUCGAGGAAUAAUAUUUUUUUAGUUCCACCGACAAACUUUAUUAUUAUUUUUUUUUAUUUAUUUGAUUUCAAGAAAUUGAAAUUUAUUGAGGGGCGACAGCCUGAGGUUUCUCACAUGAUAUAUAUAUUUUUUUUUUCAUACUUGUGACUGUUAAAGAAAGAAAGUCCACCGUCAUAUGGUAAUGAUGACUAGUGUACUCGGGAAAAACGAAUUUGUUGUCGGUGGAAAGUAUAGGCUGAUGAGGAAAAUUGGAUCGGGAUCAUUUGGCGAUAUUUAUCUUGGCAUCAACAUUUCCAAUGGCGAGGAAGUGGCUGUCAAACUUGAGAACAUGCGAGCACGUCAUCCACAGCUGCUUUACGAGUCUAAAUUGUACAAAAUCUUACAUGGGGGCGUUGGAAUUCCACACAUUCGCUGGUUUGGACAAGAACGAGAUUGGAAUGUACUCGUGAUGGACCUACUGGGCCCAUCACUGGAAGAUUUAUUCACAUUUUGUUCGCGAAGAUUCACAAUUAAGACAGUACUAAUGCUCGCUGAUCAGAUGAUCGGGAGAAUCGAGUUUGUACAUUGCAAACACUUCAUCCACAGGGAUAUCAAGCCAGAUAAUUUUUUGAUGGGCAUUGGCCGCCAUUGCAAUAAGCUAUUCAUCAUCGACUUUGGUCUUGCGAAGAAGUAUCGUGAUAGUCGCACCAGGUCUCACAUACUGUAUCGAGAGGACAAAAAUCUCACUGGGACAGCGAGGUAUGCAUCCAUAAAUGCCCACCUUGGAAUUGAACAGAGCCGUCGAGAUGAUAUGGAGUCACUCGGUUAUGUACUAAUGUACUUCAACCGUGGCUCAUUACCCUGGCAAGGGCUCAAGGCAGCCACCAAGAAGCAGAAGUAUGAGAAAAUCAGUGAGAAGAAGAUGUCGACGCCAGUUGAAGUUUUGUGCAAAGGAUGCCCAGCAGAAUUCUCCAUGUACAUAAAUUACACAAAGGGCCUUCGUUUCGAUGAAUCACCCGAUUACAUGUACCUGCGCCAGCUCUUCCGUAUCCUGUUUCGUACUCUAAAUCAUCAGUACGACUAUACAUUCGACUGGACGAUGCUCAAGCAGAAAGCUGGAUUAGGAAUUUCAGGUGCAACAUCAGUACUCACAGGGACAGCAGUGCCACCAGGAGGACAAGGAGGACAAGGUCAGCAGGAACAGAAUGCAUCCGCCAACCAAACAGGCAGGGCUAGGGAUCCGCUAGAUGAAAUCUAAAAUUUCUUUGGCUCUCGUUCCUCUACUUUCUCCUAUUAUUUUUUUGACUUCAUUUUUCUUUCGUUUUGUCGUUCUCUCUCUCUUUCUCUCUUUCUGUCUCAAUUUUGAUUCUCUCUCUCUCUCUCUCUCCCUUUUUUUUAUCGCUGAAUUUACUUGAAGGACAAUGACUGUAAGUGCGAGAACGUCUCAGGCUUUGUCGGACCACGAGUCGUAUUAUUUCUCUCUCAUUUAUUUAUCUCUCUAAACUUUAGUUUGUUUCUCUGUCUCUUCCUCCUCUGGGGAAAUUUUCGAUAAUUCUUUUUACAUCGUGUGGUCCAAAAAAGCCCCCCGUGCACGAAAACGAAAGAAAAUGAGUACGAAAUUGUGGUGAAUUCUGUUUAAAAUCCAUCAAAUUCAGAUUAAAGGUUUUGUAAUGAAGUGGAAUUCUCGUACCAAUGAGAGUAGUAUAAAAAUUGACGUAAUUUAUGAAUUAAAAAUUCGUAAAACGAUAUCAGCAAAGGAAAUGAAGUCUAAAGAGAAAGUCAAGUGUCCACUGUUUUAAUAAAAAUUGCAUUAACGUCACUAACAGCGGGAGACGGCAUCGGAAAAUUAUCGCGACAAGCGGUCAAUGAAUCUUCCAGACGAGGCUAAACUCAAGUUAUCUCCUUCAUCUUCUCCCCUCUUGCAUUGAAACCGAAAAAAAAAACAAAUUAAAGGAGUUGAUAAAUAAUGAAGAUCGGAAAUUUUGUGAUUAAUGAAGACAACUGGAAAGUCCCGGAAUAAUUUCAUGGUUCACCAGCAAAGAAACUCCACUACCGAAAAAUUCAUUUUCAUCUCAUUGUUCGUUAUUCACAAUUUCAUUGAGAAAAUUAAAAUUAACAAGUGGACAGUGGACUACAGGGUGUUCCUGCGCGUCCUCGUCCAGAUUUCCGUCCUUGCACAGAUCCUCCGUCCGUACCAGGCGAGUCAGUUAACAUAAAUUAAUUAGUUUACUGUGAAUUCUUCAAUUUUUUAGUCAAUGGAGAGAAGAAUAAAUCGUUUUAAAAAGCACUUGAGAUGAUGGAAUUGUGCAAUUUAUUAUUUUUUUUUUGUAGAUUCACUGAAUUCCUUCUUCUGUCUUUCUUCUUGAGUAUUGAGUGGAUCGCGUUUGCUUGUUUGGGGCACUGUCGGUUCAAUUAUUUUGGGAUUUGAUUCAUUUAAUUAAGGAGCAUGACAAUCUCUCAGCAUGAAUUAAUAAUACAGGUUCAGUUUUUUUAGUCACGUGUUUUGGGGAAUUUUGAGGAGUCUUGUGGAUUGUUUGUGAGUCUGGAACAUGAGGAGGUGAAUACGAUUGUUAAGUGAUGAAAAAUUGAGAAAUUGAUGAUUUUUUGCUCAGGACAAUUGUAACAAUGAAGAUAAUUUGUAAAGUGGCGUAUUAUGCGUCAGUUUACCUGAAAGAACGGUAAUUUUAGCAUUCUUCUCACAUUAUCAACCCCCGAUAAUGUAGAAAAAUGGGGCAUAUGUUUGAUUAUGCGUCGUUGAAGCUCGUGCAUAACUGACCACUUUAGAAAUUCUUAUAGUUACGUUCCUCCUACGUAUUUACAAAAAAUCAUCAAAUUGUUGAUUUUUCAAAGUUCUCUAUGAUGACGUCAUAAAAACCCCAAAUUAAUUUAGCUCCAGAUUCGGAAUAAUUUGAACGACGAAUUCUGAAUAUUCUCGAUGACGAGUGUGGAGCUCCUGGUGCUCCAGAGCUGCCGGACGAUCGGGGAAAAAUUAUUUUUCAAUGAGAAAUGUUUUUCUCGAUUUUUUUGGAGCUCUGGAGGAACCAGAGGGGCUCCACUGGGCAUUUACCUUGACGUUUUAAAUUGUCAACCUCUCCAGGCUCUCAAGAUAUUCACAAGACACACCGGCAUUUCUCUGAUUACACAAUUGGGGCUUUGGGAUGAUUUUUCAUGAAUUUGGAAAGGGCAUGAUUGUGUAUACGUAUUUUUUCAUUUUGUUAAUUUCAUAGAAAAUCGAAUGAUAGAAAAAUCAAGUGAUUUUGCGUAAAAACUUGUGGAAUCUCCAUUCAGAUGAGUCGAUACAUCUGUUUCCACAAUAAAAGUAAUGAAGUAAUUAAUUCAGUUGUUAGUUAAUUACUUCUGCAAAUACAAUGAAAAAAUACGUUAUCAACAUAUUACGCCUCUUUUCAUACAGAAAAAUGAAAGGAAAUCCCAAUGACAUUGUUUGUUGCCUCAACAUUUAACAAUAAAACAAAAUACAUUGAUCGUAGGCUUGAAUUAAUGCUUCUCUUGACUUGUAACUAGUAUUUGAACUGAAAAAAAAUGUACGUGGUUCCCAAACGCUGAGAAUUGAAUAACUGAAAUAAACAUAAUGAAAUAAAUGAUUAAAAAAAAGUUCAAAUACACCAACUAGUGUAAUCAAUCAAAAUAAGUAAAAAGAUUCUGCUGAUAUUUUCAAUUGCCAAUUAGAUUUAUCAACUAAUGACAAAUAAAUAUCUCAAUGAAUUAAAUUCUGAAAUCAAUGUGAACUUGUGCCCAAAAAUGAAAGCAGAGUCACUGUAGAAUUUUCACUCAGUUUUUUUAGAAAUAAAUACAAUACAUAAACCUCUCAUUGAUCCUAUUUGUGAUUUGGACGUGUCUUGGAAUCUGUUACAGGAGCGCUUUAAAACACUCUAACUCCGUGUGUUAGCCACCAAAUCCCGAAUGCAAUCGCAGGGGUAUCAGUAUCCAAUAAAUAUUGAAUACUUAACCCAUAAUUAACAAAUCAACAACUGCGAGAACAGGUGUCACCCAAGUGCGAGAAAGAAAGAGAGAGAACAAAGAGAGAAAGAGAGCGAGAGAGAGAGAGGGACUAGAGACACUUGAGAAGAACAAUAAUUGUCAUCCCUGUAAAGUAACCCAGGAAUUAUUAAUGACCAAUAAUCAAAUUUGAUAGAGCAAAUGGAAAAUCGAGAAAAAAUAUGAUUUAGGAUGAAGAAGAAAUGACAAUUGUUACUAUCCACGUAUGCGUCACUGGAAUGGUCGGAGAACGGACAGAGAAUGAAUAAUAAACGAAAAAAAAAAAAAUACGCAAGAAAAGUAAUAAAAACCUUUUUUCAUGAAUUUCAUAAUCACAUUUUCAUAUUAAAACAUAACAUUAAUAAUAAAAAGACCGAUUAAAUUGUAUAAAAUCUUUUCUCGGUACUUAGUUUAAAAAAUUGUUUUUUUUUUUGUAUAAAAAACAAAAAUGAUAUAUUUGUCUCUCUUCUAUGUACUUUAUUUUCUCUCUACCGAUUGAUACGAUGUUAAUUGAUUAUUUUUCAUACGCCGGGGGAUGAGGUGAGCCUCAUCAGAAAUGUCUUCACUCUGUUAUUUAUCUAUUUAAGUGGAUGAAAAAAAAUUAAGAUCGACAAAAAUAUUUGAUUAAUCCAUUCAUAAAUACGACUAAUAAGGGUUUCACGAUUAUAGAGGUUACUGAGGUGUCCUCGUGUUGCAGUUUAAGAGACGAGAACAAAAAAUAAGUAAUAAUUUUAACAUUAAAGUAAAGUAAGAUUGAUUAUUGAAAAAACAAAUGGAAAGAGUUGAAAAUUCAAAUGGAAGUGUGCGCAACGCGUCAUCAAAGUUUAAUGCGGCAAGUGAUAUACGAAUAUGUGUGUGUGAAUUUUGUGUACUAUGCUUAAUGGAGAAUCAUUGAACCAAUGCUUGUUUAACAAAAUUGAUAAAAGGUCAAAUUAAUUUUGGAAUUUAGGGGGAGGGGGGGAAUAAAAAUUGAAGUGAUGCCGAUGGAAAAGGGGAGAGAAACGAAGCCGUUUCGAGAGAGAAUGCCUCAUCAACUAUUCACAAUUAAUCAUUAAUUUUUUUUAUUGUUAUUAAAAUAUGGCCGGGACAAUAACGAGAACCUCGAGUAGUGGCUGGUAUUUGUCACGGUGACAAUGAUCAUUAGCGUCAUUAAAAUAUCUCACAAGUCACUUUGUUUUUUAUUAUUUUUCUCAUUAAUUAUAACUCAUUCAAUAAUUGUGAAAUUUAAAUAGUGAGUGAAGGAAAAAACGGUACUAGAAAUUUAAGAAUCGAUUAAUUACAUCAAUUUAGUUCUAUGAAAAACUGAAUAACGAGAAAAGUUGUAAAGUCAUGUAAUGUUUUUUUCUCUUUCGUGAGUUUACAUUUUCGAUGAUGAACGCCAGAAUGCGUUUUUAUUAAUGGAAUAUACAAGGAGAUGCGUAGGAAUAUGUAAUGAAGUGGGUGAAAAACAAAAUAAAAUAUCUAAUGGAUUAAAAAUAUAAUAAGAAUAAGGAAACAAGGAUGAAUGGUGUGUGUGUGAAUGAAACGUGUGAAUUUCAACUGUGUGAGUGGAAUAUUGUGAAACCGUAAGGUCCGCUUUUAUUCGAGUGCGUGAGGGUUAAUUAGUUAUGAUAAUAGGAAACUACCGAUUUAAGAUGAACGAGAAGAAAAAUGGACAAAAAAAUGGGGAAAAAAUACUGAAAAAUGUAAAAAAAAAUCAUGAGGUACGCGAAUGACGAAAGUGCGUGUAUAUUGAUGAGGAAUGAAUUGGGGAACUAAACGAAGAUAAAGUGAAUAAACGAAUACGUGCACAUCCUGCGAAUAUAUAUUAUAUAUAUUAUUAUGAAAAUGUCACAUUAAAUGACACGCUGUUUCAUAAAAAAACAAUAACCAUGAAGAUAUGGGGGAAGGACGUCUGAACAUUUUGUGUUUUAUCCACUUCUACUUUACACCAACAAAAUACCCCCCACUCUUUCGUCUCUAUUAAUAAAGACUCGACAUUGUACUGUAACGAA